AGAACGCCUCUGACUUCGACGUAAACAACUUUAAUCAGUCAUUAUAUAUUCACACUUAUGACGUAUGAGGAAAUAGCGGGGCUGACAACCAAUAGGGAACGACAUUUUUCCAAGAAAAAAACUACAAGGGGUUUCCCCAGUUUAUUGUUCGACAAGGUUUUUGAGAGAUUAUAUCUGAAAGUUUACUGAAAAGAUAUCUUCAGUCGCUGAGGGCUACUACAUAGAGCCAGUCAGCGCAGUGCCUCAGAGUUUAAGGGUAGAAUUUGCUUCAGUUUGCUUAAAACUAUCGUAACUUUAUUAUAUUGAAGCCUUGCUUAAUUGCCAUUAAGCUGUAAAAGAUGAGUACAGAUAAGCUGAUGAACGGUGACCUGACGCUUGGCGGGCCCGUGUAUGCUGAUCGGAGGUCCCGUGUGCGUCCGGCGGGGCUCCAGACCGCCUGCGCCGCGGCCGUCGUGCUGGUCCUCUCGGCGCUGGUGGCGGUGCUGCUUCUGCAGAACUGGCAACUCAAGCAGCUAGUGGCGUCUCUCCAAGUGCGCGAUGACCAGAUCCUAGAUCGUAUCGCUACGCUGGAGGUUCUGACCAAAGACAAGUCCUGGGAAGACAACAGUCGCCAUGUGGAGAAAACUGAGUCGGUGGAUGGUGCCUUCAGCCCCGAUACUCAAUCUGAUCCCGGCAUGCACCACAGGGAGAAGAGAGCUGCGAACAGCCUGACAAUGCCGUUUGGAGGCUGUCUUCAGGGGCCUCCCGGCAGAGACGGGAGAGACGGGCGCGAUGGAGCGGUUGGACCUCCCGGACCGCCCGGUCCCCCCGAAAUUCCUGUUCCGACUGCUGACCCAUCGGAAAUGAAAGAUUGUGACGACGUCUACAAGGCAGGCCACACCAUCAGCGGUGUCUACACCAUCCAGCCAGACGCCGCCGGAGCCUCGUUCGGGGUCUACUGUGAGAUGGAAAACAGUCACCUUCUUCCACACGGAGUCGGCGGCUGGACUGUCCUCCAAAAGCGGUUCGACGGUUCUGUAGAUUUUGCUAAUGAUUGGGAAACUUACAAAAGUGGGUUUGGGGACCUUAACGGUGAGUUUUGGCUGGGAAACGACAAGAUCUCUCAAAUCGUUAACGCCAAGGGAUAUCUUCUACGCAUUGAUCUCGAAAAUUGGUCCUCGGAAACUAGAUACGCUGAAUAUGACAGGUUCUAUAUCGAGGAUGAAGCAGCAAAGUACCGUCUGCAUGUUGGUGCCUAUAGCGGCACUGCUGGGGAUGGUGGGGAUGGGUUAAGUUAUCAUGAUAGUAGCAGAUUCUCAACACACGACCAGGAUAACGACCCCUGGGGUGAUAACUGCGCAACUGUCCAUGGUCGUGGUGGUUGGUGGCAUAAACAUUGUGACGCCGUUAACCUGAACCAGCCGUACAAGCAUGGCGGCGGGGGGAGUGAGUCACGUGGUAUAGAAUGGCAAGCGUGGGAAGCUCACAAGUACUCCAUCAAGUCUUCUGUCAUGAAGAUCAGACCUGCUCCUUAG